CUGUACGGAAGCGGUGUCACGUCGCAUUGUGUGUUGAGACUCUUUAGGGACCCCUCCUUGGAAGCUGGCAUAUAAAACGAGUGACCCGCCCCUCCCGGACAUAUGAGAUCCAGUCCGGCCCCACGCGCCUAGAUGCUGUGCUUAAUGGAUGCUUCUGCAGUUCAGCAUCCUCAGCCCUGCCCAGCUCAGCGGAAUUAACACUGUGACUCGGACAAAUCUGACGACUCUCUCCUCUUCAGGCUACUAGACACCAUAUACUCUACUAGAGUGUUGCAAGAACUGCCAUGGCGAACAGAGGGCCCAGCUACGGACUGAGCCGAGAGGUGCAGGAGAAGAUUGAGCAAAAGUAUGACCAAGACCUGGAGCAGCGGUUGGUGGACUGGAUAGUUGCCCAGUGUGGAGGAAACCUGGAGAGGCCACCGACAGGCAGGGAGAACUUCCAGAAAUGGCUGAUGGAUGGAACAAUCCUCUGUAGGCUUAUCAACAGCCUUUAUCCGAGGGGGAAGGAGCCUAUUAAGAAGAUCCCAGACACACAAAUGGCCUUCAAACAAAUGGAGAAGAUCUCCCAAUUCCUGCAAGCAGCUGAAGCUUAUGGAGUCACAACCACUGACAUAUUUCAAACUGUGGACCUCUGGGAAGGAAAGGACAUGGCAGCAGUGCAAAGAACUCUUAUGGCUCUGGGGAGUGUGGCUGUCACUAAGGACGACGGUCAUUACAGAGGCGACCGAGACUGGUUCCACAGGAAAGCCCAAGGGUAUCGGCGAGAGUUCAGCCAAGAGCAGCUUCGCCAAGGUCAGAGUUUGAUCGGCCUGCAGAUGGGCAGCAACCGCGGGGCUUCCCAAUCUGGUAUGACGGGCUACGGUAUGCACCGUCAGAUCAUGUAGACUGCUUACUAACCUGCUCCCAUGCUUCCAGACCUUGUUUUCUACUAAUACCGCAAAAGGUGUAGUCCUAAAACCUCCAUAUAAUUUGUAGCACCUGCCAUGUUAACCUUGAUUUCCCUGGAAUUGCUGCUUUCCCUAACAGAAUGUUCUAUCUUUAAAAAAAAA